CAACAUCCACUGCAGCAAGUGAAGAUAGAAUUAAUGAAAGUGAAAUGAGCAGUAAAGACGAUGAAUUUGAAUUUGCAGUAGAUUAUAAAUUGUUUGUUAAAACAGCAGAUAGGAUUUCAUACCUGCUAAAUAAAUUGGAUUUAAGUGAAUGUGAAGAUUAUACUGAAAAAAUAACUAAAUAUAAAAACAAAAAUCGGGUUCCAAGUAUUUCAUCUUUAUCUUCUCAUGAUAAAGAUAUUGCUAACAAUGUUUUAAAAAUUAGGAAUGCAUAUCAUUGUAACGUGCACAAUCGUCUCUGCCUUAAUAAAGAAAGUUACAAAGACCUGCAUGUAGAAAUCACCUUUAUGAUGCCUUCAAUUUGGGCAUCCGAUAUGGCACAACUUACACAUCAAUCACCACAAGUACAACCUAUACAAUUAUUAUUACCGCAAGUGCAGCUAUCACCACAACCAAAAUUUCAACUCUCACCACAACCACAAUCACAAUUGAUUUUGCCUUCAUUUUCACUACAGCACAUACCAUUGGCUUUGCCACCACAACCAACACUAUACAAUUGGGCUUUUGGAUCCCAAACGCUUCAAUCACAUCAACCAUUAUUAUCAAUUCCAUAUAACUCAUAUCAAAUGUUACCUUAUAAUUCUGUGCAGCCCCGAAUGAAUCAAUCUAACCCAUAUAUCUCUUUCACUUUACCUUCUAUGGAUGAAUUUUUAAAAGAAGUAGAUGAAAGAGAAGGAACUAGCAACUAUUAUCAAAGUUUUUUGAAAAAGUUUAAUAAGCAACGAGUUUUAGUAAAACAAUUGCAAAGACUAAUGGAUGGGGAAUUUGAACAAUGUGAUGUAGAUACCGUCGGCGCAUGA